AUGAUUAGUGCAGAGGCCCCCAUUUUAUUUGCGAAAGCUGCUGAAUUAUUUAUUCGCGAGCUCACUUUACGUGCUUGGAUUCACACUGAGCGCAACCGUCGUCGAACACUGCAACGGAAUGACAUUGCGAUGGCCGUCAGCGAUGGUGAUACGGAUCAGUUUGACUUCCUGAUCGAUAUCGUUCCUAGAGAAGAAGCGCGAGGGCAUCGUCGUGUAAGUGUCCCUAUUUGCCAGGGUAAUAAUAUCAGCAACAUCAGCCGUGGGUCAUUUUUUCGUUAUUUAUAA